AAUCGCCUAUAUAUUAUGGGUAGCCGUAGUUUCUCCAUUCAUUCUCCAUCAUCACCAUCCGCCACAACACAGCUCUCCCCGAUCACCAUCACCUGACUAGCACCAACACAACUUGCUCUGAUCACGAUCACCUGACCAGCAACACAUUUCUUCUUCUUCUUCUUCUUCCUCUGUUUCAUCAGCUAGCCAUCCAUGAACACCGCCAGCUCCAGUUCCGCCACGCUGAGGUGCGCCGGCAACGGCAAGCCUGCUGGCUUCGGCGCCGGCUUUGGCCGGAGGAGCGGCCACUGCAGCUGCAAGGUGAAGGCGGCGGCUGCCGCGAGCGCCGGUGUCUGCUCGCCGAGCAGGGGCGACUACUACAAGGUGCUGUCCCUGGAGCACUCGGCGGACGUGGGCGCGGAGGAGGUCAAGCGCGCGUACCGGCGGCUGGCCCUGCAGUACCACCCGGACGUGUGCCCGCCGUCGCGCCGGGCCGAGUCCACGGAGCUCUUCGUCGAGCUCCAGCGAGCCUACGAGACGCUGUCCGACCCUGCAACCAAAGUGCAGUAUGAUGCUCAGCUGAGGACGGGUCGGGCGACGGUGACGCCGCCGGCAGAUGGGUUUGCGAGGGACGUGUGGGAGGCUCAGCUGUCCGUGCUCCGGGCGAGGUCCGAACGGCGGCAGAAUGCCAGGAGGUCCAGCGGCCGCCGGUUCUAGACUUCUGGAGCAUGUCGUGGUUCCAUUGAUUCUUUGCGGUGACAUACCGCAGUCUGGGUUGUUAGAACUUAUGUAAUUCAAGUGUAGAGUGACCGAUGGUGUUAAACUGGUUUUUGCAUGUUUAUUUGGUGUAGUCUUAACUUGAUUGUAAAGUUGUUGUACAUGCAAAAAAUGGUAUUCUAUUUGUCAAAUCAA